AUGGAUCCAACCAGGGCUGCUACUAACAAUAACAAUGCUACAAACGGUGCCGCUAACGAUGCUGCCAGCGAUGGCUCCUUUGAGGACUUUCGCAGCGCGAGCGGCUACCCCAGCCCUGCCGUGUUCGAAGCACUGCAUCAGCUAGCAGACCGGGCAUACCACAUUAGCGAGACGGUCCGGGACUCCGAGGCUUCCCUGAAGCUACCCCGGACGGGGCAUCUGAAGAGCCACUCUUCUCUCCAGUACAUUGCGCAGCACAUCGACGAGAUGGACAGGCAAGAUCACAGCGCCAACAUGGUCAAGGCCGUGCUGGAUCUUUUGCGCGAGCACUAUGACGGCCUUGGCGGCCGCAUCGUCAAGGUGAGAGAGGGCAUCGAGGCCCAGGCCAAGAAGAUACACAACCUCCAAACCCAAGUCAACAAGAACAAACAGGACCAACUCCAGCGCGACCAGGAGCUGCGCCUGACGGCCGCCGUCUCUGCAGCUAUCUCGCGGAACCUCACAGGCCAGGUACCGGAACUCUUCCCCCAGGCAACGCAACAGUAUCACGAGGGGUUCCACCACACCUUCACUGCACCGCUUCCACGCCCUUCGCAGAGCCGCAUGGAAGCCCUCGCCAGACAAAACCCUCACGGCGAGUCAUGGCACUUUGACCCCAACUCAACACCACUGUCAAUACCGUCAACACGGGCAACAACACAGCACCCGCCGAACCGUGUGCAAAAAAAGAGUCCCGCCAAGAAGAAGAACCGGAGGGCCAAGAGGAAGUACAAUCAACGGAAGCGGUUCCCUGAUACUCCGCCCGCGGACAAAGCCUCGACGCUGCAGUACAACGACCCAGGCCAAGGCAAAGGUCCCACGUGGCCGAACACUAUUCUUCGCACCCGGGCGCGCUACUUUGAUCCGACCACUGCCCCGGCCCCGGCCCCGGCGCCGCGCGAGUGCUCAGAGGAGGGCGAGAGGGGCAGCUUGGUUUCGCCCGACGACGAGAUUUAG